CAGAGUACUGGGCCGUUAGUUGAGCCCAAAUUCUGCCCAUUUGAUCUGAAAACAAAAUCAGAAAUAAAGAAAAAAAAUAAAGGCGUUUUAAUUCUUUUCUAAGCAAAUGACGCUCCUCCGUUCCCCUCCUUUCCUCCCCUGACCUUUGAAGCAAUGACAGCAAUGCUUUCUCUGCAGACCCUCCCGAAGCCCUUCCUUGACCCUCGAGGCACGCUUAAACCCUUCACUCCCGGAACCCUAAAGCCAAAAGUUCGCUUCUCUACCGCCAUUCAGUCUCUCCUCCAAUACAACCGCAAGCCCCAGCUCGCGGGCGAGACCCCUCGCGUCGUCGUCAUAACCUCCGGUAAAGGCGGCGUUGGAAAGACCACCACCACUGCCAAUAUUGGUCUCUCCCUCGCUCGUCUUGGAUUUUCUGUUGUUGCCAUCGACGCCGAUGUUGGCCUCCGCAACCUCGACCUCCUCCUUGGGCUUGAAAGCCGCGUCAAUUACACCGUCGUGGAGGUCCUCAAUGGAGAUUGCCGCCUCGAUCAGGCCCUCGUCCGUGACAAGCGUUGGUCCAACUUCGAGCUUCUCUGCAUCUCCAAACCCCGCUCGAAGCUCCCGCUAGGGUUUGGUGGCAAGGCCCUCGUCUGGCUAGUCGAUGCACUAAAACAGAAACCUGAGGGCUGCCCUGAUUUCAUCCUUAUUGAUUGCCCUGCCGGAAUUGAUGCCGGAUUCAUCACUGCCAUCACACCAGCUAAUGAAGCCGUGUUAGUUACCACGCCGGAUAUCACAGCCUUGCGUGACGCUGAUAGAGUGAUUGGGUUGCUUGAAUGCGAUGGGAUUAGGGAUAUAAAGAUGAUUGUUAAUCGAGUAAGGACGGAUAUGAUCAAAGGGGAGGAUAUGAUGUCAGUGUUGGAUGUGCAGGAGAUGCUGGGAUUGGCUUUGCUUGGGGUUAUACCAGAGGAUUCAGAGGUGAUAAGGAGUACAAAUAGAGGUUACCCUCUUGUGUUGAAUAAGCCUCCAACUUUGGCCGGGCUUGCGUUUGAGCAGUCAGCAUGGAGGCUCGUUGAGCAGGACAGUAUGAAGGCUGUAAUGGUCGAGGAGGAGCCCAAAAAACGAGGGUUUUUCUCCUUUUUCGGUGGAUAGAGAUUGAGUGAAGCCAAUGUAGUUGGUGGCCUGAUUACAUCCAGAAGAACAUUGUUGAAGAGAAAGUUGGUUCGCCGUGAGUGGAAAGAAAAACAAUAAAGCAUUGCAAAGGGCCAUACCAGUUAUGUUUUCUGAAUCAUCCUCUCAAUUGCGCAAAAACUUGUGCUGAUGAUACUUCUUUGUCAACUUCUUAUAUUACCCCCACCCUCAAAGCUUUUCUAUACUUGCAAUUGCCCUACUUGUCGGACUGGCAAUUUUCACUCUCUUUGAAUAUAUAUCAAAGCGUUCUAGAUUCGGUAUGCUUAACUGCACCAUAAUCUGUCAUAUACUACCCCCUGC